ACUCUCUCUACUGCUACUCUCCGGCAUCUGCACAGCUUCACGGUCCAUCUUCUCUGCACACUCCCUCGUCUGUCUCCCUGCACUCCCCCUGCUCUCUCUCGCGUGUCGCAGAGAGGCGCCUCCACUCCUUCCCGCAGCCUCCAGGUCGCAGAGCAGCGUCCGUCUUUGUCUCUUCCGCGCCAGUGUCUCAUGAGCCGAUGGCCUCCACGCUGGCCGUGGACUCGUGCGUGGACUUCUCGGCGUGGCUGAAGGCACAGGGCGUGAAUGCCGAGGUAGCCCGGGCCAUAGACUCUGAGCUCGGCAUCCGCGACUACGGAGUCCUGCGCGCCUGCGUGGGCGACGGCCACGUCCGCGCCGAGCUUCUGGCUGCGGCGCGCGACCGCCUACCCUUCGGCUUCUACGCCGUGCUGCGCCAGGUCGUGCGCUCGCUGCACCUGCCGGAGGCCGAGGGGCCGCGGUCAGAGACGGCGCUGGGCGACCUGCUGGACGUACUGGUGGUGCUAUUCGGCGGACUCGGCCGGGAGCUGUUGCUCUCCGCGCAGAAGCUGGGGGAGUUGGACGGCGGCCGGACGACCCCGCAGACGGAGAGGUUGAGGAGCACCACGACGGAGGAUAACCGCUGUGAAGCGGACGAGCGUGAACUUUCAAGUAACAUUAACUGCGCAGAGUUUGGAAACUUUGAACCCCCCUCAUCGGCGCAGGCUUUCGAAGCUCCUGACUGGACCAACCCGGCUGCAGGUGAAGACGACGCGCUGACCUCAUCCAUGGAUUGCGCAAACGCAAACCACCUGUGGAACAGAAUUAAGCUGGAACAAGUUGAAGCCGUUUCUUCCUACGAGUCUCUGAGAGCGAUGGGCGCAGAGAAGCCGUUCCCGUGCGAGGAGUGUGGCCGGAGCUUUGCCAGCCCUGCCGACCUCAAAAAGCACGCGGUGGUCCACGCGUCAGGCCGCUGGCCCCACUUGUGCGACGCCUGCGGAAAGUGCUUCUCCAAGGCAUCGCACCUGACGCGCCACCGCAGGACGCACACGGGCGAGCGGCCCUACGAGUGCGACCUCUGCGGCAAGGCCUUCUCCCAGGUGCCCAACCUCAAGAGGCACCGGAGGACCCACAGCGGAGAGCCGCCCGUGGCGGCGUGCGCUGACUACGACGGGGGAUUCUCGCGCGGCCCGCAGCUGGUGGCGCACCGGCGGCUGAAGCACGUCAAACGCGGCACACCAUCACCGCCGCUGCCGUCAGCGUCGUAUGGAGACGGUAGUCGCGAGGAUUAAAACGGAGAUUGCCUCCGCGCAUCUUACAUGUCCGCCGGCUCUCGUCAAUAAAGCGCAUGUGGUUUUGUUCACACGGUGAAGUGAUUUUGCCGCAGCGAGAAGCCAGUCCGAGCCGCGACUGCUUUCCUGCUGCUGCUCCUGCAAGUGGGCAGAUUCAAGCUCGUGGGUCCCAGGUUGGGAGAAUGUAUGUAAUAGCAACAGCAGCAGUGGAAGCAACUAUGACGGCAGCUGCUGCUGCUCUCACAACUACAGCAGUAGCAGCAGCAGUGACAGCAGUGACAACCCACCCCUACUGGACAUCUUCUUCACCCCUACUGGACAUCUGUGAAAAAGAGCUUGAUAGCUCAUCGAAUUUUUCCAAGAUAUACAUUUUUAUUAUUCUGAUUGAGUAGCAGUGACAGCAGUAGCAGCAGCACGAUAAACGAUGGCUUUGCGAAUCGUCGCCGAGGCUGGUGGAAGUGACGGGGUCUGUGGAGUAGUAAGUACGACGCCACGAUGGACACUGUGAUCCUGGGUAUCGGCCCCGAGCCCGACUCCGACAUUGGGCGCGUGGCUUUCUGGAUGUGACAAGGCUCACGGGGGACGGCAUGGCGCUUCAGGUUUUUGUGGAAAUGCUCGCGGCGCUCCGCUCGGAAGCAGGGAGGAGUUUGCGCGUUUCUGUCACGAGAUGCGGUGUGGAGGCUCGGCGACGUCGCAAAAGAGCCUCCAGCGGGCGACGAUCGGCGUCUCGUUGCUCCGCUUUGGGUUGGGCAAUGCUUUGCACGCAUGGGCGCAUCUCCCUAUUUCAACUGGGGGGCUAUGCAAGAUAUGACUGUGGGCCCCCACCUUUCACCCAACUCACUUUUACUGAAAUAGCUAUGGAUGUUUUUAACCCGUAUAAAUAAUAUGUUAGGUUGUAACUAUACUGUGUAUAUAUUGUUCUCAUAUUUUAGUUUAAUAAUUUAUCUAAACAUGUUUGUACUUGAUAAUUGGUUCUUUACCCUUCUAUC